GGUUGUUGUGCGAGUUGCGGUGGUGUGAGUUGGUCCCCUGAGGUUUUGAGAGCUUAAUCUUGGUAGAAGCAUGAUAUUUUGAAGGAUUUGGGGAUUUGGAAGGUUCUUGACGUUCCUUCGCUGUCUCCGACGCCGGGAAUAAGCUCCAAUUCGCCGUCGAAGUAUCCAUAUUUAUCUCACGGUUAACCCGCGUUUGAGCCAUACACAUGGGGAAUCUUCUCCAGGAGAAUAUGUUCGCAGGCCACGCCAUUGCGGCCGCCGGCUCUGUCGCCGUGGCCUCUUCCCUCACUCAUCCCCUCGACACCCUCAAGACCCUCCUCCAGGUUGGUGCGGGGUCUACGCAACAAUUGGGUAUAGCUCAGGUGGUAGAAAGGGUUCGAUUGGUGUCAGGAGUUUCAGGUUUAUAUAGUGGGUUUGGAUUGUCAACACUCGGUAUGAUUUCAGGGAUAGGAGCACGCUUUGGAAUCUAUGAAAUAAUAACAGCUUUUUAUAAAGAUGGAAGGGAAGACAACUAUGUGUAUGUUUCUGAGGCUCUUUUGGCUGGCAUAGCUGCUGGUGCCAUAGAAUCUGUCAUGCUUACUCCAUUUGAACUUCUUAAGCUUCGCAGACAAGUGUCAGCAUCACGCUUUAAAACUUCAAUCUCUCAUAAGGCUAUGCAAGAAUCAACUCCACCAAUUUCAAAACUAUUACCUGGUUAUACUCCGGAUAUCAAGGCAUGGAACAGUACUGUUGGUCUUUUGUCCACUCUUUCUCCCAAACAUCCAGACAUGGUUGGUGCGCUGAAACAGUACCCUUGGAUGCUGACUGGUUCUGGCAGACCACCACUUGCAUCUGAUGUUAAAGGUCCUUUCAAUAUCAUAUCCUUGGAAGGAUGGAGUGCUUUAUGGAAAGGACUUCGGCCAGGAAUUGCUCGAGACUGUGUAUUUGGCGGUGUUUUCUUUUCCGUCUGGCAAUUCUUUCACAUAGCUAUGCUUAACUGGAAGGCUCUUGAUAUAAACCCUCCUCCCAGGUCAAUUGAUGAAGCAGGUCCUGUAACACCAUUGGCUUCUAGUCUUGCUGCUGGCUUUUCUGGUACAGUGGCUGCUGCUGCUUCUCACUCUUUUGACACUGCUAAAAGUCGGUCACAAUGUAUUGUUACACCGAAGUACAUCGCCAUGGAGAGGAAGCUUCUUAGAUGGAAAGCACCUGGAAUUUGGCUAGAAAGAGUGACAGGGAUGUCUCCUGCUGAUAGGAAUAUCAUGUUCCGUGGUCUUUGGCUGCGGAUGGCACGCAGUGGAAUUGCAUCUUCCGCACUUGUUGGAAGUUACUUACUAGCAGUUGAAUAUCUCUUUUAACUGUCAUUUGACUGAGGUUGGAAGCACCAGAAAACAGGCAGCGGCCCCCUAAACAAUGUAAACAUGAGGUAUGCUAGUAUUUUCUUCCUCUCUCAUCAUGAGUUCUUCUCAGGUCUGUUUGUAUUACAGGUUAUAUUGCCUCGUAUUGUUCUAUCAAUCAAGACAGAUGGGUCCGUAUACGAUAUCAUGCUCCAUGAAUGUUCAGUGAGAUCAAAAUUACCAAGCGGCUCAAAGUUGCACCUUCACUGGAGCAAGAAGUUUGAGCAAAAUUACGAUUCAUUGACUGGAUGUUUGGAGAACAACCUAUUAGUUACAUUCAGAAGCAAAACUGUUAGGCAUCUAUGUGUUCAACAUGUACUUUUGGUUAAUUAUUCUGAUUUUGAUGAUAUCAGGUGAAGUUCGGACAGUUGCAAUUGCCUAUGACAAGAAGAUUUUGAGAGCUUAUUAUGUGAAAUCUUUUCAACAUUGAAUAUCCAGAAAUUUUAGACAUUGUAGUGGAACUGUUAUGAUUUGAUUGCAAACAAAGAGAGCAAGGGGGCAAUUGUGCCCCUUGAAAUUUUAGAUUUCCCUUGAUUAGGGGCUGUUUCAGCUAGGUUUCCCUCUCUCGUUUUGUGAAAAUUUCUGCAGCAGAUGGCACAUGGCUUGUGAACUUGGUGUUUUGAUAAAUAACUCUCUAAACUUAGGAGUUCCUGGUUAUAGAGGCAUGGAACUAUCUAGGGGGUGGUGAUAACAUGAGGUUAUGUAAGGGUAAGGCCAUGGUAUUAUGAAAAUAUAACGCAAAAUUCACAUGCUUACGUGCGUCUAAAGAAAUGAACAAAGCAA